AUGGUAGAAUUAGGAAUCCAGUCUGUGGAAAUCCUGGGAGACUCCAUGCUGGUUCUAAAACAAAUUGCUGGGGAAUACAAGUGCCUAAGCCCUUCUCUGGCUGUCUACUUGGUGGCAGCUAGGAAUCUUCUGACAGAAUUCAGAGAGGCCACUUGGGAACAUAUCCCAAGAGAAGAGAAUUUUGCAGCCAAUGAAUUGGCCCAGGUGGCAACAGGCAUACAAAUACCCGAAGAUUGUGUACAAAGAAUCAUCAAGAUAGGAAAGAAAAGCCUACCAUCGGUUCUGGCCAGGGGGAUGGAGAUAGAUGUCAACUCUGCCACAAUCACUGAAGAUGAUUGGAGGAAUCCUAUCAUGACCUAUCUGCGAUAUCCAACUUUGCCCUCUGAGAAGAAAGUCAGAAUCAUGGCUUUAAACUACCUUAUGUGGAAUGAAGAUUUGGUCCGAAAAAGUAAGGAUGAGGUGCUUUUAAGGUGCCUCGGGAAGAAAGAAUACAUGAAAGUUAUGGGGGAAACCCAUGAAGGAAUCUGUGGAGCACAUCAAGGUGGAAGAAAAAUGUGCUGGUUAAUUAGGAGAUAUGGCUACUUCUGGCCAACCAUGAUGAAAGAUUGCAUUAACUAUUCCAAGGGGUGCGAAUCUUGUCAAAGACACGGCCCAGUCCAGCAGGCUCCAUCAGUUCCCAUGAAUCCAGUGGUAAAACCAUGGCCCUUUAGAGGAUGGGCAAUGGAUCUCAUUGGCAAGAUCUAUCCAGCCAGCAGCCAGCAGCACUGCUUUAUCAUUGUUGCCACAGACUACUUCACCAAGUGGGUGGAGGCCAAGGCUGUUAAAUCCACUACAUCUCAAGAGAUCAUCAUUUUCAUAGAAGAACAGAUUAUCCAAAGAUUUGGCAUCCCAGAAUCAAUCACAACUGAUAGAGGGUCAUCUUUCAUAUCUAGAGAAAUGCUGGACAUGGCAGAGGCAUUCAAAUUCAGACUGCUCCAAUCCACUCCUUAUUAUGCCCAAGCCAAUGGACAGGCGGAAUCAAGCAACAAAGUAAUCAUCAACAUUAUCAGGAAAAUGCUUGAAAAGAAUCCAAAACAAUGGCAUGAGAAGCUGUCAGAAACUCUGUGGGCAUAUAGAACUUCAAAGAGAGAAGCGACUGGCAUGACUCCCUACGCGUUAACCUACGGUCAUGAUGCAAUUCUGCCUAUGGAGAUAGCUGUUCAGUCCCUCAGAAUUGCUCACCAACAUGACUUAGUAGGAGAAGACUACUCCCAGGCCAUGCUGCUGGAACUGGAAGGAUUGGAUGCAGCCAGAAUUGACACUCUCAACAAACUCCUGGCAGGAAAACAGGCUGUAUCAAGGGCCUACAACAAAGAGUCAGGAACAAGAGUUUUGAAGAAGGGGAGAUAG